AUGCUGUCGCGGAAGAAGACGCGCACGGAGCUCUCCAAGCCGGGCGAGGUGCAGGGCAAGUACGUGAAGAAAGAGACCAGCCCUCUGCUUCGCAAUCUGAUGCCUUCAUUCAUCCGUCACGGUCCGACCAUUCCAAGACGAACUGACAUCUGUCCUCCCGACUCCUCUGCUGCUGCCUAUGCCUCUGCUGGGGAUGGGAUCGUCUCCCGGAACCAGAGCUUCCUCCGAGCCCCGGUGCAGCGCCCGCCCCACGAGGUCAUGAGGCGGGAGAGCAACAGACUCUCUGCUCCCUCCUACCUGCCGAGGAGCGUGGCUGAUGUGCCCAGGGAAUACGGCUCCUCCCGCCAGUCCUUCCUGCCCGAGGCCAGCCCGGGGCUGGAGAACGGAGACGCCGGUGCCCGCUGUUACUACUACGAUCACUUCUACGAUGCCCCCAGGAGGCGGCAGCUGAACGAUCGUGUGCACGAGGACUACAGGUAUUACGAGCACAGCAGCGACCUGUUCCAGAGGAUCCCACAGAAUCAUGGCAGGCACACGUCAGGCAUCGGUCGAGUUGCUGCUACAUCUCUAGGAAACCUAACCAAUCAUAGUUGUGAAGAUUUACCCCUUCCUCCUGGCUGGUCAGUGGACUGGACUAUCAGGGGCAGGAAGUACUACAUAGACCACAACACGAACACCACCCACUGGAGCCACCCCCUGGAGCGCGAGGGGCUCCCCCCGGGCUGGGAGCGCGUCGAGUCCCCCGAGUUCGGCGUCUACUACGUGGAUCACAUCAACAAGAGAGCUCAGUACAAACACCCCUGUGCUCCCAGCGUGCCCCGCUACGACCAGCCUCCCCCCGUGAGCUACCAGCCCCAGCCCGCCGAGAGGAGCCAGCCCCUCCUGGUGCCUGCCAACCCCUACCACACCGCCGACAUCCCCGACUGGCUGCAGGUCUACGCCAGGGCCCCCGUCAAGUGA